AAUCAAGCAACGCUUGGUCUCCCAGGCAACCGGAGAAGCUUCUUUGAGAGUCUCCACAAGCUCAGGAGUCAGCAUGGAGGACGGCAGGCAAUCUCCAAGCCUUCACCUGGAUCUCAGCAACUUCGAGGAUGGGGUGAGCAGCCGCUACGUCCUGACCAGCCCGCGUUCUCUGGAGGCCUGUGCCAGGCUAGGGACGAGACCUAUUGAGCUGCUGUACAAGUCCUUGGAGGAGGUGAGAGAGGACAACCCAGAGGUUAGUAGCCAGCGACUGAAUGACCUGUACGUGGCUCAGGAGAUGGAGCGCCGCCGCAAGCUGGAUAUGUGCAGACAGCUAAGGAUGGAGCUUCUACAAGAGGACUGCCAAACAGACAGAGCCCCUUCCCACACCUCUGGAGGGCACAAAGACUGUCUUUCCCCCACCAACCUAGAUCAAAGGGACCCUCCACCUCUUUGCACUGACCGACAGGACCCUCUGGAUAUCUUUACCAGGGGCCACAGAGACUGUUCCCCACUCCUCCUCCCUGAUCAACAAAACCCUCCACAUCUUUCUACAGAUCACCGGGUCCCUCAAAGCACUUCAACCAGGGGCCACAGAGACUGUUCCCCACUCUUUCCUGAUCAACAAAACCCUCCACCUCUUUCUGCAGAUCUCCGAGUCCCCCAAGGCACCUCAACCAGGGGCCACAGAGACUGUUCCCCAUUCUUCCCUGAUCAACAAAACCCUCCACCUCUUUCUACAGAACGCCGGGUCCCCCAAGGCACCUCAACCAGGGGCCACAGAGACUGUUCCCCACUCUUCCCUGAUCAACAAAACCCUCCACCUCUUUCUACAGAACGCCGGGUCCCCCAAGGCACCUCAACCAGGGGCCACAGAGACUGUUCCCCACUCCUCCUCCCUGAUCAACAAAACCCUCCACCUCUUUCUACAGAACGCCGGGUCCCCCAAGGCACCUCAACCAGGGGCCACAGAGACUGUUCCCCACUCUUCUUCCCUGAUCAACAAAACCCUCCACCUCUUUCUACAGAACGCCGGGUCCCCCAAGGCACCUCAACCAGGGGCCACAGAAGCGGCUUAGGGACACUGCAAAAAAGUCUGAGCCAGGGAGACCUUAAUCAGAUGGAGGAGAAGGCACGCCGGAUGGGCAGGACGGUGGAGAGGGAGCUUAGGGCCUCACUACCCGAUCGAGAUAAGAAAAUCGGUGCUUUGAUGUUGUUGAAACACCAGGAAGAGGAGAUGCUUAAACAGAGAAGGAUUCAAGCCCAGCAGGCCUGGGACAACCUGAAGAUCGAGGAGAGGUAUAUCCGAGCCGCCCUGGACAGACAAAAUUUGCCGAUUCAGCUACAGAACCAUAGGAGGCGAAGCUGGAGCUCCCAACUUGACUGGCAGGUGGACCCCGUCCAUAUGUCCUCCCACAGAACACAAUUGCAGGAGCAAAAGACUUUCCUUAAAUAUGGCUUGACCAAGGCCGUGGUGGAUUUAAGGAGCAAGAACAUCGGCCAUGAAAACACCAGUGGUCAUCCACUGGAGGAAAGGAUGAUCAAGGCCUUCAAAGUAAAAAUGGUCAAAGAUUUACAGGAGAAGAAGAACAUCCAAAUAAAAAAUGAGUAUGAGAAGCUUCGGCAUUCCAAACUGAAAGAGAAAGUAGACAACCAGGCCAAAGCUGAGGAGCAUGUCAAGAGAGUUUCCAUCCAACAGAAAGAGCAAAAAUCACAAGAGCUGAAAGAAAAAUUAGUGGAGGAAAGGUACAAGGACUUGUAUGAGAAGGCAUCCAGGGAGGAUGAGCUGAAGCUCAUGGCAAAGCUCCGGGCUAUGCGUCUGGAAAAAGAGCAGAUGGAGCACAAAAAAAUGCUCACUCGGUUGACUGACCACAAGAUCCAGCAGGCCAAAGACAAUCUAGACAGAAGCAUGCUGGGCAAGGCCAAGAGGGCACAAGAACUCAACUUCAUCAAGGAGAGUGCCCACCAAGCUUUGAAGAAAAAAGUUGACAGAGAAAAGGAGAACCAGCGCAUGGAAAUAGUCCACACCAUCAAAAUAAAGGACCGGAAGAGUGAAAGGAUCCAGAAGGAAAAAGAAGCUAUAAAUGAAGAAGGGCGGCGGAUCGCUAGAGCUUCUUUCCAUUUUCGUGAUAAGAUCCGUGAGCAGACCAAAAGCAGGACUUUUGACCAAAUGGCCCUGCAGGCGACACUUAAUGCCAGUCUUUUAAAAACCAUCCCAUGAAUAGAAAAGGAUUCUCUAAGUGCCAAUGAGCAACUGCAGCGUGCCUGUUUGAGAUCAAUUUGAACCAAUUCUGCACUACAGGUAUGCUGCUUUCCCUGCCCAGCCUCAUAGAACCGAAAUGGGCAUUUCCAACAUCUUAAACCAUCAAAUGCCACUUCAGGUAUUCGCAGACUGGAACCACCAAAUUAUACACCAUAGCCCUGCUGGUUUCUUCAGUUCAGGGUAACCACAACUAAAACACAAAGGAGGAAGGCUCACCAGCUUAGUGCAUUACUGUAUAACUUGUUUAACCACUUGCUUAC